CAGCUGACCAGCCUGUGCACCUUCAGACUCUGACAGGAAGGCGAGCCGGGUGGGUGACGCAAAGUCAGAGCAGAGGACGCGGCAUCACGGGCACAAAGGGAAGGGCAUCAGUGGAGAGCGCACAACGCGCACAGAGAGCGAUAGUGAGUAAAACAAUGAGGGAUGCGCAAUUGACAUGAACGUUCAAUAAAAACCUGCGACUCAUAGGCUAUAGAGAAGAACUGCAACAGGACCCCCAAGGGAAGGAAGCCAAGUUCACCUAUAGCGCAUCCGUAGAAGGUAAACCCCCUGAAUUAAAUAUGCAUCUAACCUAACAUACAGUAACAAUGCAGGGUUUUACAUUUGUAUUAUAUCUUUCAAAUGUAGAGACUGUCGUUUGGCUGUAGUAAGUGUACAUUUGACUCUCUGUUCAACAUGUGUUUUUCUCUCAGGAGAUAGGUCUUUACACUACAGAUUAACUUCUAAUAGCAUUGCUAUGUAGCCUUACUAGCCCAUGGUCAUCAAUAAAAUGUGCUGUGUCAACUCUGGAGCUUUGCCAGCUCUGCAACGAAUAAGCUCUGAGUUGGCAAAAUGAUUGCUGCCAGCUUGUCAUAUUCUGAGAGAGAGAAAAAAAGAGAGAGAGUGUGUGAUAGUUUAGUUAGAAAUAUGAUACAGCAAUCUUGAGUGGUAUAUGAUAGUCAAUUUGAGUAGCUUACUUAUCUUAGCCUUCUUGGACCUUGUAUCUCACUUCCAGUAGCCUUCAAUUGAACGCCUCCCGCUCUGCCCUUCGUAAUCACGUGCAGAAGGCUAUCUACUGUCCUUCGAAAUCACUUCUUCUUUUGAACUGAACUCACAUGCCAGGGGUAUCUAGCUAUCUAUAUAUCUAUUUUUUGUUAUUUUAGCAGACGCUCUUAUCCAGAGCGACUUCCAGUUAGUGAGUGCAUACAUAUUUUAUUUAUUUUUAUAUAUUUUUUUUCAUACUGGUCCCCCAUGGGAAACGAACCCACAACCCUGGCGUUACAAACGCCAUGCUCUACCAACUGAGCUACACUGGACUAUCUAUCUAUCUAUCUAUCUAUCUAUCUAUCUAUCUAUCUAUCUAUCUAUCUAUCUAUCUAUCUAUCUAUCUAUCUAUCUAUCUAUCUAUCUAUCUAUCUAUCUAUCUAUCUAUCUAUCUAUCUAUCUAUCUAUCUAUCUAUCUAUCUAUCUAUCUAUCUAUCUAUCUAUCUAUCUAUCUAUCUAUCUAUCUAUCUAUCUAUCUAUCUAUCUAUCUAUCUGCACUACUUCUCCAUCUCUCCCCCACCCACGUCUCACCCCUACUUUUGCAGCGACAAUACUGUUCAAAUUAAGAUCCUACAUCUGUAGCCUACCUCUCUACUGUAUUCAUCUGAUCUCACUCUUCCUGAUCUUUCUGAUCUAUCAUUGGUUGAUGUGAUUGGACCUGUGUUCACUUUCUGUGUCAGGAUAACACUUUUCUCUUCCUGUGAUGUGACUGCCUAUGAUUGACUUGUUGAUGUAUACUGAUUGUAUUGUGAUGGAUUUUCUCCAGAGUCACACAGAUCUAUAGACUAAAUGACUCUGAUUCUCUCUGUCUCAUAGCUGGAAAACGACUUUAACUCAGCUCUUACAACCAAUCCUCUCCUCUAACUGACUGAUUGACAGCCACCUGGUCCAAUCACUGCUCACUCUCCCCACAUCCCCUCCAAUCACCAACCUCUCAUUCACUCCCACCUGUUUUAUUCUAUUGUUUUGUUCUUCUAUUGGUACCGGUGUUCUAGUUCUACCGAUCAAUCUAUGUGUCUAUCUACUUCAUUCUUGUCUUUAUUGAUACCAUUCUACUGUAGAAGUUUCCUUCCGACCUAGUUGUGUUUUGGUCUUAUUCAUUAUUCUGUGUCGUUUUAUUAGCCCCUGUCUUGCUCUACUGGUCAAGCGUUGUUUGUCUAGUCUAGUACUUUGUCAGCAUUAUUGUUCAUUAAAGUGCAGGCCUGUGUUCUAUAAAAAAACGUUCAAUCAACCCCCUACCCUCCCCUCGAUCCCCAAAACAACUUCUUUAAGCUCUUGUACCGGGGACGGGGGACGGGGGAUAAACUGUAGACCCUGUGGCCCUGUCCCCUCACUUAGUGUGAUGUGUGUGUUGUUUUGUUUAGGUCCUGACUGAGCAUGUGUGUGAUAUACAGUAUGGACACUAAGACAGCAUGGUGUGAUAUACAGUAUGGACACUAAGACAGCAUGGUGUGAUAUACAGUAUGGACACUAAGACAGCAUGGUGUGAUAUACAGUAUGGACCAUAAGACAGCAUGGUGUGAUAUACAGUAUGGACACUAAGACAGCAUGGUGUGAUAUACAGUAUGGUCAAUAAGACAGCAUGGUGUGAUAUACAGUAUGGACACUAAGACAGCAUGGUGUGAUAUACAGUAUGGACACUAAGACAGAUAAGUGACCUAACGAUGGUGUAUAUACAGUAUGGACACUAAGACAGCAUGGUGUAUAUACAGUAGGACAUAAGAGGUGAUACAGUAUGGACACUAAGACAGCAUGGUGUGAUAUACAGUAUGGACACUAAGACAGCAGGUGUGAUAUACAGUAUGGACACUAAGACAGCAUGGUGUGAUAUACAGUAUGGACACUAAGACAGCAGGUGUGAUAUACAGUAUGGACACUAAGACAGCAUGUGUAAUAUACAGUAUGGACACUAAGACAGCAGGUGUGAUAUACAGUAUGGACACUAAGACAGCAUCUGUGUAGUCAUUCAAACUCUACUAUAUAUGCUGCUGAAGGUAAUGAAGUUUGAAAAACGUGACGUUCUGUUCAGCAUGCUGCUGAUUCCUAGAAGUGUCUCUGUGUGUCUGUGUCUCUCUGUGUGUAUGUCUCUCUGUGUGUCUGUCUCUCUGUGUGUCUGUCUCUGUGUCUCUGUGUGUCUGUCUCUCUGUGUGUCUGUGUCGCUCUGUAUGUCUGUGUCUCUCUGUGUCUGUGUGUCUGUGUCUCUCUGUCUCUCUGUGUCUCUGUGUCUCUCUGUGUCUCUCUUGUCUCUGUGUGUCUCUCUUUGUCUCUGUGUGUCUGUCUCUCUGUGUCUGUGUCUCUGUGUGUCUGUCUCUCUGUGUGUCCGUGUCUUUGUGUGUCUGUGUCGCUCUGUAUCUCUCUGUGUCUGUGUCUGUGUGUCUCUCUGUGUCUCUGUGUUUCUGUGUGUCUGUCACACUGUAGAAUGCUUACAGUAAAUGAUAGACUAAAUAUGACAGUGACAGUCAGUGAUAGACUAAAUAUUACAGUGACAGUCAGUGAUAGACUAAAUAUGACAGUGACAGUCAGUGAUAGCCGGUAAUGAACGUUACAGUGAUGUCAGGCUGUUUACCUUUCUCUCCCACUCUGUCAAUACACUCAAGCUUAAAAGGCCAUUUACCGAAACCCCUAAUGGCUCCCAAAUUGCCAUCUGUAAAAUCCAAUCCAAUAACCAGCAGUAGUGUGUGUGUGUUAUAACAUUUGUGUUAUUUUGCAAUGAGUUAAGUUUAGCCUCAUGUUUUAAAAAUGUAGCAUACAGACCAACAUUUAUGUAACAAACUGUACGUUUUUUUUAUGUUCCAGUUGAUGACUGUGCCCAUAUGGACAGCAGGUUGGUUUCCAUGACAACACCCCCACACUCUCUGAUAACACUUUUUAUGUCUCUCUCCUCCACAGAUGUCACCAGAGGGACCCUCAUAGCUGGAAAAAUUCUACAACUCAGCUUUAACUGACAACCAAUCCUCUCCUCUAACUGACUGAUUGACAGCCACCUGGUCCAAUCACUGCUUACUUCCCCACAUCCCCUCCACCCCACACUUCCAGUGCAAUGGCAUCCUACAGCCCCACCCCCACACAAGAGCCCGCCACCAACGGCGGGUCGCCCUCGCUCAAGUCGGGCGGCUCAGGGGGCGACAACGAUUCCAUGAAGCUGAAGAAGGAGAUCUCUCUCCUGAACGGCGUGUGUCUCAUCGUGGGCAACAUGAUCGGCUCGGGCAUCUUCGUCUCGCCUAAAGGCGUUUUAAUCUACAGCGCCUCCUACGGGCUGUCGCUGGUAGUGUGGACCAUCGGCGGUAUCUUCUCUGUGUUCGGGGCCCUGUGCUACGCUGAGCUGGGGACCACCAUCACCAAGUCAGGGGCCAGUUAUGCUUACAUCCUGGAGGCCUUCGGAGGGUUCCUGGCCUUCAUCAGGCUGUGGACGUCCCUGUUGAUCAUAGAGCCCACUAGCCAGGCAGUCAUAGCCAUCACCUUCUCCAACUACAUGGUGCAGCCCGUCUUCCCUACCUGCAUAGCACCCUAUCUGGCUAACCGCAUGCUGGCAGCGGCCUGUAUAUGUGAGUAUUUUAUAGUCAUUGUGUAUGGAGGGUUGUUGUUUGUGUGUUACUGUUCCACUGUAGGCCUCUGCUAUGGUUAGGGCCCUGAGUUUUUCCUUACCAAUGGAAAUGAUCAGGAAGAACUUUGGGCCUCAACCAUAGUAUGUGCAAGGACUUUCCAUGAAGACAAUGAUGUGUGUGUGUGUGUGUGUGUGUGUGUGUGUUCACACUCCCGUGAGUACUGAAGGGUGAUGUGUGUGUAUGCGCCUCUUUUUGUGGAAAAAGGGCGAACCGAAAGUAAAUGACUCACAGCAUACCCAAGUCAGCACCUCAGCAACAGAAGGGAACACUAGAAAGGUUGAAAGAGGAACAGAGAGGGGAGGACAGAGACCACAGACUCCAACACGUGUUUCCUAAAUAAAAUACAGAAAAUAGGGGAAAGGAGAAUUUACUCAACUUCAGGAUAAUUUACCAACAUUACAGAACGUCUGUGUGACCAGAUAAAACUGCUGGCAAUGCUCAUGACAAUAGAGUACAAUAGAGUACAAUAACGUACUGUAAAUUGAUAAUUUAUAAACCACCAAAGGAGGCAAGGAAGAAUAGAGAUGAGUAAGGAAAUAUGUAGAGAGAGGGAAGGAGGGAGUGUUGUCAUGGAUAUUGUUCUAACAGAUUAGAAGAAACCUGGACCUCUUAGCACAACCACUAAUAGUCAUACUAUUAUUGUGGGUUUAAUAGUCAUACUAUUAUUGUGGGUUUGAUAGUCAUACUAUUAUUGUGGGUUUGAUAGUCAUACUAUUAUUGUGGGUUUGAUAGUCAUAUUAUUAUUGUGGGUUUGAUAGUCAUAUUAUUAUUGUGGGGUUGAUAGUCAUACUAUUACUGUGGGUUUGAUAGUCAUAUUAUUAUUGUGGGUUUGAUAGUCAUAGUAUUAUUGUGGGUUUGAUAGUCAUACUAUUAUUGUGGGUUUGAUAGUCUUAUUAUUAUUGUGGGUUUGAUAGUCUUAUUAUUAUUGUGGGUUUGAUAGUCUUAUUAUUAUUGUGGGUUUGAUAGUCUUAUUAUUAUUGUGGGUUUGAUAGUCUUAUUAUUGUGGGUUUGAUAGUCUUAUUAUUGUGGGUUUGAUAGUCUUAUUAUUAUUGUGGGUUUGAUAGUCAUACUAUUAUUGUUGGUUUGAUAGUCAUAUUAUUAUUGUGGGUUUGAUAGUCAUAUUAUUAUUGUGGGGUUGAUAGUCAUACUAUUACUGUGGGUUUGAUAGUCAUAUUAUUAUUGUGGGUUUGAUAGUCAUACUAUUAUUGUGGGUUUGAUAGUCAUACUAUUAUUGUGGGUUUGAUAGUCUAUUAUUAUUGUGAGUUUGAUAGUCUUAUUAUUAUUGUGGGGUUGAUAGUCUUAUUAUUAUUGUGGGGUUGAUAGUCUUAUUAUUAUUGUGGGGUUGAUAGUCUUAUUAUUAUUGUGGGGUUGAUAGUCUUAUUAUUAUUGUGGGGUUGAUAGUCUUAUUAUUAUUGUGGGGUUGAUAGCCAUAUUAUUAUUGUGGGUUUGAGUCAUACUAUUAUUGUGGGUUUGAUAGUCAUACUAUUAUUGUGGGUUUGAUAGUCAUAUCAUUAUUGUGGGUUUGAUAGUCAUAUUAUUAUUGUGGAUUUGAUAGUCAUAUUAUUAUUGUGGAUUUGAUAGUCUUAUUAUUAUUGUGGGUUUGAUAGUCUUAUUAUUAUUGUGAGUUUGAUAGUCUAUUAUUAUUGUGGGGUUGAUAGUCUUAUUAUUAUUGUGGGGUUGAUAGCCAUAUUAUUAUUGUGGGUUUGAGUCAUACUAUUAUUGUGGGUUUGAUAGUCAUACUAUUAUUGUGGGUUUGAUAGUCAUAUCAUUAUUGUGGGUUGAUAGUCAUAUAUUAUUGUGGAUUUGAUAGUAUUAUUAUGUGGAUUUGAUAGUCGUAUAUUAUUGUGGGUUUGAUAGUCUUAUAUAUUGUGGUUUGAUAGUCUUAUUAUUUGUGGGGUUGAUAGUCUUAUUAUAUGUGGGGUGAUAGUCUUUUAUUAUUGUGGGGUUGAUAGUUUAUUAUUAUUGUGGGGUUGAUAGUCUUAUUAUUAUUGUGGGGUUGAUAGUCUUAUUAUUAUUGUGGGGUUGAUAGCCAUAUUAUUAUUGUGGGGUUGAUAGUCAUUAGUAAGUACAGUAUAAGCCAGAACUGGAACAGAUUGAUGGAACACAUAGAACAUGAAAACAACCAGACGAAACCCUGGGUCAAAUAGCCGGAAGUCAUGGACAUAUACAGAAUACUGCUGCUACUACGCAACCAGAUAGAACACUGUUACGAGCCUCAUUAAAGGGGAUAGUUCUGAGAUAAGCAUCCUUCAAGUUGCAAAAUAUCACUCAAGUAAUAAAUAUCACUCAUUCAUCUAACUACAAUCCGGACACACCCAUAUCCACACCCAGACGCACGCAAGCACGCACGCACGCACGCACGCACACACACACACACACACACACACACACACACACACACACACACACACACACACACACACACACACACACACACACACACACACCACACACACACACACACACACACACACACACACACACACACACACACACACACACACACACACACACACACACACACACACACACACACACACACAGAUAAGCAGUGCUUUAGGGAAUUUAGCCAUAUUAUUAUUGUGGGGUUGAUAGUCAUUAGUAAGUACAGUAUAAGCCAGAACUGGAACAGAUUGAUGGAACACAUAGAACAUGAAAACAACCCGACGAAACCCUGGGUCAAAUAGCCGGAAAGUAUGGACAUAUACAGAAUACUGCUGCUACUACGCAACCAGAUAGAAACACUGUUACGAGCCUCAUUAAAGGGGAUAGUUCUGAGAAAGCAUCCUUCAAGUUGCAAAAAUCACUCAGAAUAAAUACACUCAUUCAUCUAACUACAAUCCGGACACACCCAUAUCCCACCCAGACGCACGCAAGCACGCACGCACGCACGCACACACAACACACACACACACACACACACACACACACAACAACACACACAACCCCACACACACACACACACACACACACACACACACACACACACACACCACACACACACACCACACACACACACACACACACACACACACACACACACACACACACACACACACAGAUAAGCAGUGCUUUAGGGAAUGUUAAUGUGCUGAUAGCUGCUAGGUAAAAAGGUAAAAGUCCUUUCUAUUUCAAGACUCUGACCCCAGGCUAAUAGCUAAUGACAGGUCAGUCAGCAUGGCACAGAAGUGAACUAUAACCACAGAUCUAGGAUCAGAUUAGUCUACACCCCAUCCUAACCAUCAAGCGGAUGGAAAAACACCUGAUCUAGUAUCAGUGUUUAGAGGCGUUAGAGGCGACGUCAACAUACUCCACAGCAUGGCACAGCCCUGAGAAGACCGGAAACACCUCCAGGUAGAAAUGAACUAUAACCACAGAUAUAGGAUCAGAUUACCCUACCAUCAACCCUAACCUUGAUCCUGUAUAAAUGGUUAGGAGUUCUCCGUACACCACAGGACAGCGCCCAAACAUGGCAGCCGUCAAUCUUACCCCUAUUUUGAUACAGUCUAUGGGUUGCGUCCCAAAUGGCACCCUAUUCCUUAUGUAGUGCACUACUGUUGACCAGGGCCCAAUGGGUAGUGCACUAUCUAGGGAAUAGGGUGCCAUUUGGGAUAUAAUCCAUGGUCUCACCACACAUCUGGACCAGAUCUGGAGUAGCCUAGAGGACCGACCUGAUCUACACCCUCCCACCCUUCUAGCCUUUCACUGUCAAUACAACCACGCCUAGGACAUCUGUGUGGCCCGCUAUACUCUGUCAGUUCUCUGUUAGUCCGGAUCACUCACUAUCUCUGGACUGGUCUGGAUGGUGAGAUAUGUUAUGUUUAAGGAGAUCCCCUAUUGAUAAGAGACUGUUAUGAUCCAUGUCUUCAUAACUGGGAUAAAGUGUUAUGAUCCUUUAGGUUUGGGGGUGGAAGGGAAACAUGCUAUUCUGGUAGCUAAGUAUUAUUCUUAUUUCGGGGGAGAUUGGUGGACACAGUGUCAUGGCCCACUCUUCAUUUGGGAGAGGCAGGGAGAGAUGGUGACAGUUAUGAUGAUCAAUGAUAUACAUAGGCCUUCAUCCAUCUAGGAUUAUGAUUAGGGUCUUGAUAUUUGGCCUGGCCAUGUGACCGCACCAGGAAAAACGCAGGGCCCUAGUUAUGAACCUCUUUUUAUGUUGAGAAGGGUGAUGUGUGUAUGUACUGUAUGUGUGUCAAUGUAUAUAUUUGUUUUAACAUGAACAUUCACUUGAGUUGUAGAUCUGAACUUGAGUGUUAAUCAUUUAGGUAAACACUGGAUGGUAGAUAUCAUUAUGGCUACUUAACAUUACAGUAAUGCAGGAAAAUGUUGUUGAGGAGCAUUUUGGGUAUACCAGAGGCUUAUCAAACACUAUGCAGUGUGAGGGAUAUACUGUAUAGAUAUAUAGGCUGUGUCCCAAAUGGCACCAUAUUCCCAAUGUAGUGCAAUACCUUUGACCAGAGCCCUACAGGUCCUUGUCAAAAGUAGUGUACUACAUAGGGAAUAGGGUGCCAUUUGAGAUGCAACCAUAGUGAAGAGAGCGAUACAUUAGUUAUUAUUCAAUCCCAGUGAGUGGGAGGACAGUGGGAGGACAGUGAUGACUAUCUCAGGUUUCUGAACUUGAAGGAACAAACACUGAUAAGCACAUAGAGAGAGAGAAGACAAACUGGAAAACAUGUUUUCAAUACUAAGAAUGGGGAGCAGUGUAUUACAAGGACACAGUUAGAAACUCAGUCUGUAUCUGUCAGCCAGCCAGCUAGUUAGUGUGUCAGUCAGCCAGUAAGUCAGUCAGUCAGCUAGACAGUCAGUCAGUCAGCCAGUGAGUCAGUGUGUCAGCCAGCUAGUCAGUAUAUCAGUCAGUCAGUCAGCUAGACAGUCAGCCAGUCAGUCAGUCAGUCAGUCAAUCAGCUAGAUAGUCAGUCAGCUAGACAGUCAGCUAGUCAGUCAGUCAGUCAGUCAGCUAGACAGUCAGUCAGCUAGUCAGUCAGUCAGUCAGUCAGUUAGACAGUCUGCCAGUCAGUCAGUCAGUCAGUCAGUCAGCUAGACAGUCAGCCAGUCAGUCAGUCAGUCAGUCAGUCAGUCAGUUAGACAGUCUGUCAGCUAGACAGUCAGUCAGUCAGCCAGUCAGUCAGUCAGCUUGACAGUCAGCCAGUCAGUCAGUCAUACAGUCAGUCAGUCAGUCAGUCAGUCAGUCAGCUAGACAGUCAGUCAGUCAGUCUGCUAGACAGUCAGUCAGUCAGCCAGUCAGUCAGUCAGACCGUCAGUCAGUCAGUCAGCUAGACAGUCAGUCAGUCAGUCUGCUAGACAGUCAGUCAGUCAGCUAGUCAGUCAGUCAGUCAGCAUGACAGUCAGUCAGUCAGCUAGUCAGUCAGUCAGCUAGACAGUCAGUCAGUCAGUCAGUCAGUCAGUCAGUCAGCUAGACAGUCAGUCAGUCAGCCAGUCAGUCAGUCAGUCAGCUAGACAGUCAGUCAGCUAGUCAGUCAGUCAGUCAGCUAGACAGUCAGUCAGUCAUUCAGUCAGCUAGACAGUCAGUAAGUCAGUCAGUCAGUCAGUCAGUCAGUCAGUCAGUCUGCUAGACAGUCAGUCAGUCAAUCAGCUAGUCAGUCAGUCAGUCAGUCAGCUAGACAGUCAGUCUGUCAGCUAGACAGUCAGUCAGCUAGUCAGUCAGUCAGUCAGCUAGACAGUCAGUCAGCUAGUCAGUCAGUCAGUCAGUUACACAGUCAGUCAGUCAGUCAGUCAGCUAGACAAUCAGUCAGUCUGUCAGUCAGUUAGACAGUCAGUCAGUCAGUCAGUCAGCUAGACAGUCACUCAGUCAGUCUGCUAGACAGUCAGUCAGUCAGUUAGACAGUCAGUCAGUCAGUCAGCUAGACAGUCAGUCAGUCAGCUAGUCAGUCAGUCAGUCAGUCAGCUAGACAGUCAGUCAGUCAGCUAGUCAGUCAGUCAGCUAGACAGUCAGUGAGUCAGUCAGCUAGACAGUCAGUCAGCUAGACAGUCAGCCAGUCAGUCAGUCAGUCAGCUAGACAGUCAGUCUGUCACUCAGUCAGCUAAACAGUCAGUCAGUCAGUAAGUCAGUCUGCUAGACAGUCAGUCAGCUAGUCAGUCAGUCAGUCAGUCAGCUAGUCAGUCAGUCAGUCAGCUAGACAGUCAGUCAGUCAGCUAGACAGUCAGUCAGCUAGUCAGUCAGUCAGUCAGUCAGCUAGACAGUCAGUCAGUCAGCUAGACAGUCAGUCAGUCAGUCAGCUAGACAGUCAGUCUGUCAGCUAGACAGUCAGUCAGCUUGACAGUCAGUCAGUCAGCUAGACAGUCAGUCAGCCAGUCAGUCAGUCAGUCAGCUAGACAGUCAGUCAGACAGCUAGACAGGCAGUCAGUCAGUCAGCUAGACAGUGUUAGUCAUUUUACUAAUCUAUAGAGGUCGUUUAAUAACCCUUAGCACUCUAUCUGUGUACUCCUUUUACCCCACUAGUCUCUUCUUCUGUGUCUGACCUUUUCUCUUUCUCCCUCCGUUCCUCCUACUCCUCUCUGUCUCUGUCUCUAUGUGCUGCACUCAGCUCUUGAACCUCUGUGGAAAACAACGGCCUUGACUGCUGCAGUCAGCAGCCUCAUUUCCUCCAGCUACGUAGACUGAAACUAGAACACACACACGUCAGCGUGUGUCUGAGCGUGCGUGUGUGUGUGUGUAGUAACAUGUAGAUCUAAAUGUCUAAAUGUUUGUAUCUCCUCUCCAGGUUUGCUGACCUUUGUGAACUGUGCCUAUGUGAAGUGGGGGACGCGUGUCCAGGACUUCUUCACCUACGCUAAGGUCAUCGCACUCAUCGCUGUCAUCAUCACCGGCCUGGUCAAGAUAGGACAAGGUACUGAUGCUGCCAGGAUGGCCCUCACACUCACACGCAAUAAUAUUAUCACACAUAUCGUCCAAAUAUUCAACCAUCCACUCACUGUACUGUACUGUACAUUCACAGAAACAGAUAUACCCACUGUGAACACUGACACGGUCCUAUAGUUAUUGUACAUAAAAUACAUAUUUAUCUGUAGUAUUUACAUACAGUCAUUUAUACCAGUUAAUGUAUGUAUUUACGUAUGUGUAAUAAUACAGGAUCUUGUGUGUGUGUGUGUGUGUGUGCGUGUUCCUCAGGCCAGACGCAGAACUUUGAGGGUAUGUUUGAGGGCUCAUCCACGGAUCCAGGAGACAUAGCUCUGGCCCUGUACUCUGCUCUGUUCUCCUACUCUGGCUGGGACACACUCAACUUCGUCACAGAAGAGAUCAAAAACCCAGAGAGGUGAAGGGAGGGCCAGGGGAAGGGUACGAGAAUGAGAGGUAGUGAAGGAGUAGAGGACGAGUAAUAAUUAGUAUAGUAAAUGUAGGCUAAGGGAUAAGGAAGGAAUAAGAGGAUGAGAGGGAAGAGGGAAGAAGGAUGAGAGUGUAUUAAGGAGAGGGAGAGAGAGGGAGAGGGAGAGGGGGUAGAUAUAUGGAGUGGUUGUGAGUAAGAAGAGAAGGUGUAGUAAUAGUGAUUGAUGAGGCAAGGAUGGGAGGUAUGGAGUGGGAUGACAUACGGACUGAAUGGGUAGUCAGAUGUAUUAGGCGGGGGAGGGCGGAGUAGGGCUGGAGGCUCCUCUUCUCCUGGGGAAGUAUUUAACUGAGCUCCUUCGCUCUGAUUCACACAGCCAAACACUGAUCAAAUGGAGCAAGACAGACAUGUGAUUGGAUCACAAGCUACUUCCAGUUCUCAGGCAGAUUAUGACAAACACACUCCCACCUCCCCCUCUACCUUCCUCUGCACCUCAACCCCUGCCCCUACCUUACUCUGCUCCUCCACAUCCCCCUCCACCUUCCUCUGCUCCCCCACCUUCUUCUGCACCUUCCUCUGCUCCCCCACCUUCCUCUGCUCCUCCACCUUCCUUUGCACCUCCACCUCCCCCUCACCUUCCUCUGCUCUUCCACCUUCCUCUGCACUUCCACCUCCCUCUCACCUUCCUCCACAUCCCCCUCCACCUUCCUCUACUCCUCCACUUCCACCUACCUCUGCUCCUCCACCUUCACCCCACCCUUGCCCAAGUGGUAACUCUUCACCUUCACUCACUGUCACCCCUGAUGUAUCCACUCCACUUCACCUGCCUCUUCUCCUUUAUCUCUUCUCCACAUCUACGUGCCUUCUCUGCUCCCCCUGCUGUUGUUUGUGCACUACAGGAACCCUGCCCCUGGCCAUCGCCUCUCCAUGCCCAUCGCCCGGUGACCUAUCUCUGCUCCCAACUUCCUUGCCACUACACUGUGCUCCCUUCCUAUCCUGCCAUCCUGACAGUUGCCGUGCUGUGUGUCCCUUCAACGACAAUACUCCCUGUAAUCUAACACAUCCUAUUCCUAUGUCAUUAGAUUGGGUACUUCAUCACCGCAGAGGUAUACAUUCUAUCUGCUCAUCAUCCAAUGGAGAACCCCUGAGAUGACUGUAUAGAGCCAUGUUCACUGCCUCUGUCUGGGGUUUAUCUGUCUUUAACUAAGUGUUUCUUUGCCGUGGCUGUGGUGAGUUCCCUUCAGACAGAAAUAUACUGUAAAUAGAACAGACAUUAUUCUAUGUCAUGUAGAUUAGGGUAGUCAUCACGUCAGAUGUAUACAUUUCUAUCUGCAUCUCAUCCCAAUGAGCCCUAAAUGACUUUGUAAUAUGAUGUACUGUAAGUGUUCUGAUUGGUCUAAUAUGAGGCCUGUUUUUAUCCCCCAGACGUUUGCAGACCAGGUGUUUGGCGUGAUGAACUGGACCAUCCCUUUGGCGGUGGCUCUCUCCUGCUUUGGAGGACUCAACGCAUCUAUUCUGGCUGCCUCCAGGUGAGUUAGAAUGACAACGUUCUGAUGCCGGCCUUCUUCCUUAUCUUCCUCAUCAUCAUCUUCAUCAACAUCAUCGUUAUCACUGAUAAUCUCCUCAUUAUUGACCAUGUGUUCUGAUCGGAAAAAACGAUGGGCCCUAUAGCCUAAUUGCCCUACACACGAUAACCUGUGUGUGCGUGUGGUUUGUCCAUUAUCAGUGCUCCAGUGACGUGUGUUUGUGUUUUUUGCAGGCUGUUCUUCGUGGGCUCCAGGGAGGGCCAUCUCCCAGACUAUCUGUGCAUGAUCCACGUCACCCGCUACACCCCCAUCCCCGCACUGCUCUUCAACGUCAGUCAUCUCGCAAAGCCACUGUCUUUGUGUGUGUUUGUGUGUGUUGUGUGUGUGUGUGUGUGUGUGUGUGAACUUCUGUCUGUCUGUCUGGAACAAUGCACAUUUCCAUUUUCUUAAGAGUGGUUUUCUUUGUUCAGUGUUGUAUUGGUCUCAGUUCUGUGUCAACGUUCUGUUUCUGCAUCUACCUAACAUUCUUAUUUUAUUUGGUACUUUUUACCCCUUUUUCUCCCCUAUUUCGUGAUAUCCAAUUGGUAGUUACAGUCUUAUCCCAUCACUGCAACUCCCGUAUGGACUCGGGAGAGGCGAAGGUCGAGAGCCAUGCGUCCUCCGAAACACGACCCCGCCAAGCCGCACUGCUUCUUGACACACUGCUCGCUUAACCCGGAAGCCAGCCGCACCAAUGUGUCGGAGGAAACACUGUACAGCUGGCAACUGAAGUCAGCGUGCAGGCACCCGGCCGCCACAAGGAGUCGCUAGAGCGCAAUGGGACAAGGACAUCCCAGCCGGCCAAACCUUCCCCUAACCCGGACGAUGCUGGGCCAAUUGUGUGCCGCCUCAUGGGUCUCCUGGUCGCAGCCGGCUGCGACACAGCUUGAGAUCGAACCCGGAUCUGUAGUGACGCCUCUAGUGCUGUGAUGCAGUACCUUAGACCGCUGCACCACUUGGGAGGCCCCUCUACCUAACAUUCUGACCCAUUGUUUUGUCUGCCCCAGAAAUCUGUUCUCAGCAUUCUAUUAUUUUAACCCAGUGUUCUGUCUGCCGCAGAAUUCUGUCUGUCUGCAAUCUCAGCAUUCUCUUUGUCUGUUCGUCCCCAUAGUGUUCCGCUAUAUCUAGUUUCUUUGAAAUAUAGUUUUUGUAUAAGGCAUGUUGUACAUUUUGACAUGGUGCCGUUGCUCUAAAUAUAUCUCUCUGCUCUAUACUAUAGGGUGCCAUGGCGCUGGUCUACCUGUGUGUGGAGGACAUCUUUAAACUGAUCAACUACUACAGCUUCAGCUACUGGUUCUUUGUGGGCCUGUCUAUCCUGGGACAGCUGUACCUGCGCUGGAAACAGCCAGACAGAGUCAGACCCCUCAAGGUAGGACAAAGGGAAUUCCACAGUAACAUAAUGAUUUUUUCACUUUUAAAUAUAUGUCAAACAAAUACCAUAGAUUGCAAAGUUAAUUAAACCAUACAACGCACAAGGACAACUUUUAACAAUUCCCACAGAAAAUUGUACAAAAACACAUUUAGUUGAAGAACAGUGCAGAUGCAAAGUUUGGUAACAGAUUGAUGGCACAAACAGUAAUUCUGUUACCAAACUUUGCAUCGGCACUGUUCUUCAAGUAAAUGUGUUUUUGUAACAUUUUCAGUGGAAAUUGUUGAAAGUCAUCCUUGUGCAUAGGGUUAUAUGGUUUGUUUAACUUCGCAAUCAAUGUUUUUUUUUUUUGGGGACAAACAAUUUAAAGUGAAAAUACUAAGUCUCAGCAUCAUUCUGUUCCCAUGGAAUUGCCCCAAACAUCCACACCGUGGCCUUUAACACCCAUAGACCCAACAAAAAAACACUGUAGCCUAUAAACACAUUCAAAGGCAAAGCUCCAUUAGUGUUUUCAUGUAUGAAGCAUUUAUACUGUAAUUCACAAUGCGGGUUUGAAUGUAUGCUCUCUUUCACUGUUUGACAUCAAAACCGGACCCUGUUUCGUAUAGUUGUGUAUUAACUCUUCUUCCCUAUUUCUCUCACCCCCCUCCCUCUCCCUCUCCUCUCUCAGCUCAGUCUGUUCUUCCCGAUCAUCUUCUGUUUCUGCACUGUGUUCCUAGUGGUGGUUCCCAUCUACAGUGACACCAUCAACUCUCUGAUUGGCAUCGGCAUCGCCCUAUCAGGAGUGCCUGUCUACUUCCUGUGUAUCUAUACUCCCGCCACCAAAAGGCCCAUGUGGCUCCGCAGGUUCUUUGGUAAGAAUCAGAUGAAUGUUUGAGUUUAGUAUAGGGUUGGAAAAAUCUGGUGACUUUCCCAAAAUGUCCAGGUUUUCAGGAAAUCCUGGGGAAUCUUCCAACCAGGAUUUCUGGAAAACCAGAGAAUUUUGGGGAAAUUUCUGGAAAUGUGUGACCUUAGUUUGGUAUGACAUGAGUUGCUUACACUUCUCAUGCUAUCUCUCGUGUCGCAUUGAUGUAUUUGAAGGGUAGGUCUCUCAUCCGCUCUCAUCUUCUCCCUCCCUAGCCAACUUUGGUCUGUUGAUUCAGAAGGUGUGCUAUUCUGUCGUGACCGAGUUGGACGUCAUAGACAAGUUGGAGUGAAGAUAUUAAAACCAACCAACACACUGCUGCCGCCGACAACUGAAGACGCACAAAACUAGAGGCUCAACCACACCCCCUCCUGGCCAGUAUCUCCCUCGGCUGCCAAUCAGAGGGCUGAGUCAAACGGCAGCCAUUCAUUAGACCAAAUCUCUAGCCCAACCAAUCAUUGCCAUGAUAUGUUCAUUGGACUAUGGGGUUGUUUUACAGCCAGGGUGACACUCCAGUUGCCUCUGACAUCACAGAGGACAUUCCACACAAACGCACACUACAGAAGAAUCAAUACUAAAACAUUCCUGUGCUCAAAUAUGUUUAUACUCAAAUAUGGAUAUUUCUGAUAGGCUGCGUUUACACAGGCAGCCCAAUUCUGAUCUUUUUAUCGCUAAUUGGUCUUUUGAGGAAUCAGCUCUGA